AUGGCCUGUUUGAACGAAUUCGACGCGAACCACCUUGCCGCGGAGACCAAGGGGGAGGAGGAGGAGUACUACGUGGAAAAUAUGGCCACGAAGAGGAAACUAAAGAAUUGCUGCAAACGGUGGAGCGACGACAAGAACGGCAGGGAGUUCUUCGUCAGCCACAAGAACGAAAUUGAUGAGAAUUCUUUUUUUAAAAUUUUAAAAAAAACGUGGAACUUACUUUUUUUUAAUGAAGAAAAAAAAGGGAAAUUACUUCACGGUGAAGGAGACCAAAAUAUGUACACUUUGCCAAAUUUUUUAAUUAUAGACCCUCUCUCGAGCGGUGUGGUCAGCCCGUUUGAGAGUGACCAGGUUGGGAUGUCGCUCGAUGAGGGGGAGGACCUCCGGCCUGAGCAUGUGCAGGUGGAUGAUGGGGAGGACCCUGCGGGGGGCUGCCCGGCGGUUGAAAACAGUGCGGACUGCUUAGCGGCUGCGAACAGGGGGGAAUGCCUACCGGUUGAAAACAGCGCGGACUGCUUAGCGGCUGAGAACAGUGCGGACUGCCUACCGGCUGCAAACAGGGGAGACACCUGGGAUGACGGCCUGGAGGAGGACGAACACUGGGCCGCCGCAGCCCUGCGUGCCUCCCCCCUGAGCGAGGAAAACUCCCCCGUGGAGGACCUCUCCCCGGACAAAGAGAGCCGCAAAAAAAUGAGAACCUGCAAGAAGAGCGGCAUUAACAAAAAGUACAUUGACAUUUACCACAAGCAUGAGGACUCGUAUAGUUUCCACGACAAAGAAAUAGACGAUUUUUUGAUCCUUUCGGAGGCAGCAGCGGGGGUGAGCGGCGCAGAAGAGGGGGACGAGCAGAAUGGAGGAGACCUACCCAUCGGACUGACAAGUGAAGAGCCAAGUGAAGAAGCGCGUGACCUACCAAGUGAAGAAGCGAGUGACCUACCAAGUGACAACCGGGUGAGCGGUGGCCAAGGAUCGCUAAUACCCACGACAGAUGAAACGCCAAGUUGCCCCAACCAGGAUGUGGAGAACCCCUCGGCAGCAUCCCAGACGGAGGCCGACCCCCCGCAGCCUGGAGGGGGAAAUGGAGACACCUAA